UUUUUUUUUUCUCUCUUCCUUGCUACGGCUUUUUCAUCCUUGCAGCCAUCAUUUUCACUCUUUUCUUUGUUUUUUUCUUCAUUCAAAUACAUAUUCACUUUAGUACAUACAUACAUAUCCUUUUUCUUCCUCCCGUCUCGAACGAAGCAUUGCCAUUCUUUCAACAGUUGCUCUACCUCAAUCUUUGACUUACUCUACCAUACCAUUUCUCCCAACUUGCUACUCUAUCCGAUACUUCAUCUCUACGUACUAGUAAUCCCGUAUUUGCUCUUAUAUCCCAUAGUAUUUUUUUGAUAUCAACGUGAUAUUAUUCCCCAUCAUGGCUCAGAACAAUAACCUUACAGUACCUACCACUGGUUCUGAUGAUAAAUACGUCACCGUCUUUAACGAUCCCGUCAAUUUCAACGCAAAGCAUCCUCUUCACCACUCCUGGACUCUUUGGUUCGAUAAUCCCGGGAAAAGGUCAAAUGAAAAUACCUGGGAACAAUCUCUUAAGGAGCUUAUCACCUUUGAUACCGUCGAGGACUUUUGGGGUGUUUACAACAAUAUCAUGAAAGCAUGUGAUCUCUCGAUCAAUUCUAAUUACCAUCUUUUCAAACAUGGGAUUAAACCUAUGUGGGAGGAUCCUGCCAACAAGCAUGGCGGAAAAUGGAGCAUUCAGUUACCACGUAAUAAGACCAUAACCGAAAUCGACAAUAUAUGGCUCUAUACGAUGUUGGCCUGUAUUGGCGAGGCAUUUGAGCACGAAAACGAAGUAUGUGGAGUAGUGGUAUCAGUCCGCAAGGGAUUCUUUAGGAUAGCAUUAUGGACUCGAUCUUCAGACAACCGCGAUGUAAUCAUGGGCAUUGGGCGCACAUUAAAAAGCCAAACGUCAAUUGAUGGUCAAUUUGACUUCCAGUCUCAUCAUGAUUCCAAGGGUGGUGCUAAAUGGACUGUGUAAAAUAAAAUUAUACUUAGGCUUCCUUUUCUUGUGUUCAUGAAAAGCUUCU